GUAUGGCUGCGCCUCGACUUCAGCUUCCUUAGCAUUCCUCCGCCGGUCUUUCUGUCCCGGUUGCUGCUCUCCAUCGCUUUGUCUGCGUCCUUCUGCUCCUUGCCGGCGGCCGCCUGUGACGGAUGGCGCUCGCGCGACAGUUUAACACAAGCGAGUAAAUGAUUUGUUGACGGAAGUUCCCACGGAGAAGAAAGACGCAGCGAUGGUGCGGGUGAAGUCAAGGUAUUUGCUGUGUGAGAUAAAUGUGUCUGACAGGAGCGAGCUGCUGAAACUCGAUGAUCGAGCUGUAGCGCGGGCAGUGAAGGCAGCGGUGGCCCGCAUUCACGGGGACUACGGAUCAGCUCUUUGCAGCAUCCGAUUCUGUGUGAAAUAUCUGAAUGCCCACACUGGAAUUGUAUUUCUCCGUUUCCCCAAAGGCUGUUACAAACUCCUCUGGUCUGCUUUGCCUUUCAUUACCAGCAUUGAAAGUCGUGGCCAAAUAAUCUCAUGUUUCUUUAACUGCUUGCAUGUGGGAGGAACAAUCAGAACAUGUCAGAGGUUUCUGAUCCAAUACAACACCAAGCAGCUACAUCGAAUGCUCCCCAAAUGUAAAAAUGAAGAGGAAAAAAAGCAGAUCCAAGAAUCAAUUCUGAGCUGCUCUCUAAUGGGUAGAAACAAUGAAGCAUUUGAAGAGGAACUGGAGAGUGAAGAGGAUGGAGAAUAAGAACCUCACAGCUAAAUUAAAGUUAUGUUCUGGUUUAGGUUAUUUAUGCAGCAGGACUGAUAGAAUGGGCUGUUUCAGGGAGCAGAAGAAAGCUUGCCGUGAGUGUUGGGUCCAUUGUUAUCAAAACUCUGUGCCAUUGUUGUAACAAAGCACAGAAUAUAGAUGAAUAUACCUCCAGUGCCAUGUGUAUACACACACACAAUAAACUAACAUAACAGAUGGAGUGAGAAACCUGAUAAUUUAUGCAAUUGAACAAAAGGAGUCGUCACCCUCUGGUGCAUUUUAUAGGGUUGCUCAGUGACAAUGUGAAUAAUUAUUGAGUCCUCAACUGUAGCAAGUUUGAUCUUCAGAAAGUAUCUGAUGUCAUCAGAAAACCAACAGCUGUUAUGUGGCAUUUUUUAAAAUAAUUUUGUAACGUAAUUUUAAGUUUGACAUUUUAUUUUGUAUUUAUGUUUGCUGCUAAGACACUAGGGAUUUUGUUAAAGCAAUAUAAAACAUAUUUGUUAUGAAUAAACGUUUGGACGAA